AUGCCAGUUUGCGUCUACGAACAGGCUUGUUCAUUGAUGAUUCCCACAUCCGAACUCGACCAUUCCGUCGACCACCAAAUCUCCACCGAGUACCGCGCUAAUGGCGAUCACAACCCCCAUUUCAAUGAACAUAAAGACCACCACCACCCCGAAGGGGCAGAGCAAGGGUUCACCGGGAACCUCGAGCUGCGUUCGGACGAAGACGUCGAAUCGGACUCAACCAUGAGCGACAUUGAGAGCGAGGAGGAGCUGGAGGACGACGAGUUUGUCGACCAUGCCGAGGAGGUGCUGGACCGUCAGAAGCAUCAUGAGGACAUUAUUGGUGGGGUGCACCAGAUUCACCAUCACCACCACCAUCACUACCAUCGACACAAGCCCGAGGGGAAUGAAGGUCGAGGGCGCGAAAGUCUGUCUCCGGCACGAUCCACCAUGUCUAUGGGUGGAAGCAUGCCGGACGGUGAACAAUUGUCUCCGAAAGCAAGUGCUAUUGCGGGGAUUGUGAGAUCGGACACCACCGAUUCUCGCCGAGAAGACUCACCCGACAUGCUCACCCACAAGUCCAAACACAAGACGUUCACGUUUGGCAUGCCCUUCUCCAACCCUCUGGCUAAUAAGGAGUCCAAGAAGGGCAAGAAGGAGAAGAAGGAGAAGAAGGAGAAGAAGGAGAAGAUCAAGCGAGCCGCAACGUUUGGCUCUGUCUUCAACAAGGAGGAGGACGAGGCUGAGUUGGCCAAGAUGGACUCUGCCACCCAGGCCGAGCAUGAAUCUGUUGCCCAGAUCAGACAGAAGCUCAACCGCAACCUGUCCAUCACCACCGAGGAAGAAGACAAGUUGUUCGGCAACAAGCACGAUCUACAAAGUGUGCGUGUCAACAAGAUUGUCAGCAACGCGACUAUGCCAACUGUUUUGGACUCCAUGAAGAUUGGAAACAAACAGAAGCUGUCCAAACACGACGCUUUCAACGCUCUGGAAGGUGACUUUGUUAUUCUCGGUGGAUACCGAGGCUCAGUACUUCGAGAUGCCAAGUCCAAGCGUAGGGUGUGGAUCCCCAUCAAAGUGGGUUUCAAUCUGCGAAAGAUUGAUCUUACUGUUGACACUUCGGACGAUUCAGAGACCAACAUGGAGAAGAAGAUCUACCCCGAUGGCAUGCUGACUCACAUUGGACCGAUUGAUCUGAGUAAGCGUCUGAUACAGAAGAUUUCAUACAACCCCAAAUGUCGCAUUAGAGACUUUGGAUACGACUGGCGUUUGGACUGCGGGCUCAACUCCAAGAAGCUCAUUGAGUUCCUUGAGAAAAUUUACGCUGAAAACGGAAACAAGAAGAUCACCGUCAUGGCCCACUCCAUGGGUGGUCUCGUCACCCACAAGGCAAUGCUCAUGCGUCCAGAUCUGUUCAAGGGCGUACUUUAUCUCGGCUCCCCCUCCGAGUGCCCGGCUAUCAUUGGACCUAUCAAAAACGGAGAUGCCGUGUUGUUGUCUUCCAAGGUGCUUACUGCCCAGAUCAAUUUCCUGAUGCGAUCUUCAUUCAUCUUCCUGCCUGAAGACAAGCAGCUAUUUGUGGACAAGAACACCGGCCAGCGAAUCGACAUUGACUUCUAUGACCCCGAGCAAUGGAAGAAGUACGCUUUGUCCCCCUGUGUCUCCGAGGAGCACCGACAACGAUGCCUGCAGAAGAAGCGACGAGGAACCGAGUUGUCAAAGCUCAAGCCUUCCAAUCUGAGUGAACACGAACACCACCAUCAUCACCAUGGCGUCGGAGAGAAGCUGCACAAGCUUGCUAGUGUGAUUGCUCACCCCCGAGAACACAAGGAUCACUACGAGAACAUGCAUCCCGAGGCCACUGCCUCUGGAGCUGAUGCUAUGGCUGUCGCUACUGGCCAUUCAGGUCUCGUUACUAUGGGUUCUUCCACCGGUAACAACGAUGCCAACAUCCCCACUAUUGAUUACGAUGACGCCUGCAACUACCUGGAGCGAACUCUCAAGCGAACCAAGGAACUCAGAGCUUCCUUCUGGUAUGAUGAGAAGCGAAAGGACGAGUAUCCCCCCCUUGCCUGCGUGAUUGGAACCACUGUACCCACUCUCAAGGCCUGCAGAGUCGACGGCUUUGAAGGCAUCUACAAGGGCGACUUUUCCGACUUUGUGCUAGGAUCAGGCGACGGUGUGGUCUACUCCAAGUGGAACAUGCCCGAGCCGUUUGGUUUCAAGGUCGUGGCCAAGGUCAAGACCAAUCGGGGUCACGUGUGUCUUAUGACCGACCACGUUGCUGUGGCUAAGGCUCUGAUAGCUCUGCAGGAGGCUGCUGAGAAGCGAGAGAAGGGCGAGCCUUACCUGCCCGACAUCACCCCUGUCCACUCCAUCCCCGUGACAGACGAUGACUCUGGAGCAAGUACUCCUGUCCAUUCACAGCCCGUCAGCGCCCAGAAUAGCCCGGCUCCCGGCCAUCCUCCCCAGUUCAGCUCGCCGCUGAAGUAUUCGGCAUGA